UGCUUCAACCGCGGCCCGCGCAGCCGCGGCCCCGUGCUGCUCUCCGGGCGGCACCUGCGGCAGGAUGCCGACUCCUCCGAGCAGGUCCUCACGACCAUGCGCUGGGGCCUCAUUCCCUCCUGGUUCAAAAAGGACGACCCCUCCAAGAUGCCCUUCAAUACCUCCAACUGCCGCAGCGACACCAUGCUGACCAAGUCCUCCUACAAGGGUCCUCUCCUCCAGGGCAAGCGCUGCGUGGUCCUGGCCGACGGCUUCUACGAGUGGCAGCAGCAGGACGGCGGGAAGCAGCCCUAUUUCAUUUACUUCCCCCAGACGACAAACGAAACAGUACCGGGUGGCUCACAGUGUACAGAGGCCGACGAGACGGAGGAGGAGGACGAGUGGAAGGGCUGGCGGCCGCUCACCAUGGCUGGGAUCUUUGACUGCUGGGAGCCACCGGGCGGCGGGGACGCGCUCUACACUUACACCAUCAUCACCGUGGACGCCUCCAAGGACGUGAGCUUCAUUCACCACAGGAUGCCGGCCAUCCUGGACGGGGAAGAAGCCGUCAGGAAGUGGUUGGACUUUGCUGAAGUGCCCACCCAGGAAGCCGUUAAGCUCAUCCAGCCCACGGAGAACGUUGUUUUCCACCCAGUAUCCACCAUCGUGAACAGCGUGCGCAACGACAGCCCCGAGUGUCUCGCUCCCAUUGAGCUGGGCGUGCGGAAGCAGGUCAAAGCCACUGCAAGCAGCAAAGUGAUGGCGAACUGGCUGAAAAGCUCCCCGGAGGCCUCUCCCAAGAAGCAAGAAAACGAGGUGCCCAGAUGGACGAGUCAGUUCAUCCCUAAGGCCUCGCCCAAGAAAACCAGCGCGGGGGUCCUGCAGCAGUGGCUGGGGAGGACGGGCGAGCCGGCCUCGAAGAGGCCCAAGGUGUAGGCGCUACGGGGGCUGCAGAACCAGGAACGUGUUGUAGGAGGCUUUGCAAACUGGCGCUGACGUUCUCCAAGCCUCUCAGGUAUUGAUCUGAUGCCCUAGGUUGUCGUCUCUGUUGUUAGUGUUUAGUUAGAGGUUAAUGUUUGUCUUUAAAGACGCUUGGCUUUGUCUUGCGCUGGUGGGAGCGGAUACAACACGCUGGCUUCCCUCCCUGUCAGUCUGCUCGCUCCGGGGGAAGACAAAACCUUCAGCAGCAUCUCAGCCUGCUGGACGGGAAGCAUUUCUGGCCGUAUUUCCCAGGGCACAUCUCCAUUUUCUGUUUUUAUUAUUUUUCAUUUUCUUUCUAUCAACCUGAUAUCUUUUUUUCCAUUUAAUUCCUUACUGAUUCUGCAUGAUUGCCAUCCUCUAGCCCCUAAAAGACUUGUGCAGUGUAAGGGAACAUGCAGUAAAUGCUAGAAACUCCCUCGCCAUGUUCUGCCAUGCCGCUUCAUCCCAAUAUUUUGGCAAGCUCUCAGGUAUCCCGAACGGGGAGAUCUCAAGGCCGUGCUUGAGUUCUUGGGUCUUGCUUGGGUAGGGAGAGCUCUUUGCUGGCAAGAGCUCAGGGAGCUUCCUUGUUUCGAGGAGAGAGGGGCUGUGGUUGAGGCUGGAGGACGGAACAGCCUGUGCGGGUUCUGCUCUGAACUGCCCCUGUCCCAGCUCUUUCCCCAUCUCCUUAUGGAUCUUCCCCAUGGAGGUUAUGCUCCAUUCUCCCCCUUCUCCUCUCCUCCAUCUCCUCAGCUCCGUGCUGCCACGCGGUGCCAUCCAGGAGCUGGUGUUUAACCCUGCUCCAAGCACCCCACUGCAAGGCCUCUGUGUGUUUUCCCAUGCCCGACCUGGGCAAAUGGGUUAAAACCUGGAGUAUUUGGGCCUUGCUGGGGUUUCCCUGUGGGCAGUGGCAUGGGACAACUUGCCUUGGUCACAUUGUUUGUGCAAUCGUUUUGUUAAUAGGAUUUGGAGACUUAGAGAGGAUUUUCUUGAUCUGUGGAGGGAUGCAUCCUGCUCGGCUCAGAGAGGUCAUUUGUUAAAGCCCAGAUAACCAAAGUGCCAUUAAAGAACAGGA